AAAUGAUUCAUACAAUUUCCUUCUCUUAAUUCCCAUCUCCAACAAUGGCUUCCAAAUCAUGGCCCUUUUCUGUGAUCUGCCUUGGCUUUCUAUUCCCUUUCGCGAUCGGCCAGGCCCCAGUGCAGCCACCGACCUUGCCAACCGUCUCGCCGCCGCCUUCUACCCCGCCUCCGACCGUUACAACUCCUCCACCCUUGUCAACACCACCUCCUACUGUUGUUGCACCAUCAACAAGCCCAACCAUCCCACCACCCCAACCACCUAUCUCGACCCCGUCGCUACCACCAGCAUUGCCACCUCCCCCUGCUACGCCUCCACCAUUGCCGCCUCCUUUACCACCACCACAAGUCUCUCCAACUCCUUCGCAGGCACCACCUGUGCCAGCCCCCACCCUAGCACCCUUAUUGACUCCGCCAACACCAAUGCCUUCACCACCAACGCCAGCACCCAUCGCGGUGCCAGAAUUAGCCCCUGCGCCCGCGCCGGGAAAGCAUAAGCAUAGGAGGCAUCACAAACAUAAGAAGCAUCAAGCACCGGCUCCGGCCCCAACCGUCCCGAGCCCACCGGCACCACCUACAGUGGUGGAUUCACAAGAUAGUACAGCGCCAGCGCCAUCACCGAAUCUGAAUGGAGGAGACCCAAUGAAAGGAAAGGUGGAAACAUGUUCUAGAGUUGUAUUGGGAUUCAUAUUUCUGGUUGCUACUACAGGCUUCAAUUUCUAGUUUUGAAGAGACAAUUAUUAUUCACAAGGAACCCAUUAUGGUUCAUAAUAUUAUAGAAUUUGCCCCAGAAUCUGAGAGAUAUAUUUCAUAUGUAUAAUUUUUUUUAAUGAUUUGUGGAUUGGAUUGGAAUAAUAAUGAUUUUUUUUUUUUUUUUUUUUAAUUUCAUUUCAUUUUGGUAAUCAAAUAAUCUUCAAGUUUCAUGCUGAUCCUCAUUAAUCUCAAUCCUGUCCAAAAUUAAGAGAUGCUUGGUCCAUGAACUAUGAUUUGGAUAAAAAGUAGAGAACUCAUAUUUGGAAUUGGAA